CUCAUUUAUCAUCACCUCCCGCACGCAUAAACAUACUAGAAUAGAGUAUAUGAUCAAGCUGGUUCAGCAUUACGACACAAAAUAGAAGAUGUCGGAACCCGCCAUUCGCCCCGACCCCUCCUCCCCCGCCGACUGCGCCGAGAACCACCGGCGCAUGCUCGCCGGCGAGCUCUACUACAGCUGGACUCCCGACCUGGUAAAAGGCAGAGCGCGCUGCAAGAGCGCCAUGCUCAAGUAUAACACGGAGGCAGCGGACGGGGAGACGUCAAGGAGGAGGGUAGCCGAGUUGUUGAUGGACCUCCUCCAAGACCCAACCCCCUUGCCUCCCAAGCUGGACGACCCCGAGCAAGACGCCGACCAAUUCGAUGACUUCCCCUACAUCGACACGCCCAUCAAGAUGGACUACGGCAGCAAUGUUAAGCUGGGCAAGGGUGUGUACAUGAACUCCUCGUGCACUUUGCUAGACGUGUGUCCCAUCACCAUCGGGGCACGCACGCUCAUCGGCCCAAAUGUCCACUUUUACUCUGCCACGCACCCCAUUGAUCCCAUCACGCGGAACGGAGUGAGGGGCCCGGAGCUAGGGAAGCCGAUUACGGUUGGGGAGGAUUGCUGGUUUGGUGGGAGUUGUGUGGUGUUGCCGGGCGUGAGGAUUGGGAGGGGGGUGGUGGUUGGGGCGGGAAGUGUGGUGACGAAGGAUGUAGAGGAUUUUGUGGUUGUUGCGGGGAAUCCGGCAAGGGUGGUGAAGAGGUUGGAUGUGGAGAGGGAGAAGUAUGAGGCGAUGGUAAAGGAGAAUAAGGAGAGGGGGCAUUAAGAGUAGUGCAAGACGCGAAUGAAAGCUGAUAGUCAUGGAAGAGGUCAGGAAUGGUGAAGGGGCAGAUGGAGAAGCUGACUUGGACUGGCCGAUGAGGCAUAAUGGAGCGGUCUGUCCCAUCAAACGUGGUCAAGAUGGCGAACUCAGCCCAUCAUUCAUUCCUCAUAGCAUCCUCCAUCUUUUCUACACACCCUCUCAUUCAACUCUGUUCACCUCUAAUUUAUUUCCUCCCUGCUCAGAACCCCUCUCCCUCUUUCCCCACCGCCCAAACAAAUCGGUACGGGUUGUAAGGGAGCGACGCCAGGACCGGGUAUUUUGGCCGUGUGUAAAAAGGAGAGCAGGAUAAGUGAUCGGUGUCGUUUGUCCAGUCUCUGGGCGUUUGCGGGGCACGGUGGUGGUCGAGUCCGAAGGGUGUUGACUCUGCUUGGUCUUGCGAGUUUGGGGAGGAUACGGUAGACAGGACGAAGCGCUUAUGCGGGUAGGCUUUCUCUGACUCGGCGGCGGAGAGGAAUUCGGUGUAGAGGUCAAUUGCGUCGCCGAGGGCGCAGACGAUGAGAGCACCGAUAACGCGGUCGGCCAACAAGACGCGGAGGAGGUCGGAUUCUGUGACGGAGGACGGUCGGGUGCGGUAGAGGAAGUCUAUUGUUCUUCUUGUUUCUUCUUUUGUCGAGAAUCUCGUCUAGGGAAUGGAGGCUUAUGAUGGAGGAAGAGGAGGAGGGGGGAGAGCCCGGUUAGCUCGAGGGGGAGAAGGCCAUGGUGUUAUCGCUGUCGAGCUUCAGGUUGGCUGUGGUUGGGAUUACGCUGAUGGUGCCUACUGGUGCCUGGAGGCUCGUUGAGGCGGAUUACGUGGU